CUUUUUGGGCACGCACUAUCACGAAUGCAAAAAUAAACAUUGUGAGUACCUGCCUGUCCUUGCCUGCCGUAUUUCUACCGCCCUGUGUCCCUCUUGUUACACCUUCCUUCAACCCAAAUACUUUGGUUCAACAAGUAUCAUAAUCUCGAAGGAUAAUUAUAAAAAGGCACCCGGCCUUAUUUCCCUUUGUGUGGGUUUCAUAUUUUUGGGGGGACAGGCGCCUGGUGCGGCCUUCCACUACAGCACCUGUGAAGACGGCUCAAGCAACUACACCCAGUCCUUUCAGCUCAGGGCUUUUCUUUUGAUACAGGCGUCUGCCCACACAUCGCCCCAACGUCAGAUCAACCCUCGCCCUUCCUGAAGUCUUGACUAUUGCUGUUGAUCGGCCAUGGCUGGCGUGCUCGAAGGAUUGAUUUCAUCCCGGCGUCGACCGUCCAGGUCCCGAUCAGAGUCCGCGAAGCAAAUGCAUGCCCGAUGGGGAGAUGUUUCAAUCACUGCUCCCACCGGCGGAUGGACCCAGCAUUAUCUGGAAGACGACCUGAACAAUGUCACCUACCAAGCCCACGGCAGCCCCGACUCCCAGAAAACCCUCGUCAGCAAUUCCCCCGACCUGACUUUCAAGGACGAGAUCGAAAAGAUCGGUGUCGAAGCCAUCAUCACGCAGUCUCCACCGCUCAUCCAGAAGGAACGAGCUGCAAUCACCAUCACAAUCCCUUUGCCAUGGAGCCGAAAGUCACAUCGAAGAUCGUCCUCGGCGAGCAGUCAUCCGCAGCCACAAGCCCAGCCGGUCCCAGUGCUAGAGAAGCUGAUUACAGUAGAAUCACGGCCUGCUCAUGCCAAUAUCACGAGCACCAUUGACGAAGUCAUUGUCGCGGAGUCCAGACCAGCUACCGAAUCACUUCGAGCAGACUCACCCAUUGUCCACACUCAGUCACCGGUAUAUGACGAUGUCAGCACGUUUUUCACAAGGGCUGUCUUCCCAGAGAAGCAUCCUGGUCAUCGGCUGCCACAGAUCCAGACUGCCGUCCCACCCAACAAGAGCCAACCCGCUUCAGCGGUUUCCCUUCUGAGCCCGGUGGCUGAAAAGUACAACGGGCUUUCGGAGAGCAACAAUGGCACUCCUAUGGACAACACUCCCAUUGCUGAACGGAUCGAGUCGGCCAUUCAUAAUAGUCACGGUGAACAGGUCGACGUCGCAGGAUUGGUUGGUCGGUUGGAGAGCCAUGUCAGCACGACACCUCCGACCCAACCGUUCCCUCCGAUUCCAAGUUCAGAUGAAGCUCCGGACUCGGCAGUUGAGAGACCAGACUCGCGCAGGACUCCCAAACCAUCUUCCCGACCGUCUUCUCGAGGUCCCGGCAUUGGUGAGGUGGCUUACAUGCGAGCCUCCUCCCGAGGAGCCUCCGAGCAAAGCAGUGGCCAGCGGUCUGCCUCGCGAGAAAAUGCUGGUCGUCGGGCUGCCUCCGUGGAACGGGCGCGACGAAGGACUCUCUCCCGAGAACCAAUUGGGCGACGCGCCGACUCUCCUCCGUUCCAAAGCCGUCGAGCUCUAUCCCGGGAUCCAGCUCUCCGCCGCGCAGACUCAGCAGAACCGAAAACCCGGCGAGCCGUGUCUCGUGAACAAGCUGUUCUCGGGUCCGUCUCUCCAGAGGCAAACACUCCUCACUUCGUCACGGACGACGUACCGCUUCGUCCUCGCGCAGAGUCUCCCGGCCCAUGGAACCGGCGAGCACACUCCCGCGAACCCGCUGUCCGCCGCGAGGCCUCCCCGCUCGUCUUCAGCCGCCGAGCCAUCUCUCGCGAGCCGUACUCGCGCCGCCGCAUCUCUGGUGACUACAGUCAGCGCGCCGUGUCGGUCGACCCCAUCAUGCGGCGCACCAGCCCGAGGACCGACGGCGUCUCACGCCACGCCAGCCCGCUCGACGACAUCUUCGCCCUCCGCCAGGCUAUCCCCCGGGAAGACUUCGUGCCUCGCCGGGGCACCCCGAUCGUCGGCACCCUUGCGGAGCGGGACAGUCCAGGGGUUGGCUCGACCCCUCCGGCCGAGCCGGAGCCGGCGCCAGACGAAGCGACCGACAUCGAGACCGAGACGGACGAGAUGUACUUUGAAUCACGCAAGGGCUGGAACGGGCCGGCCGUGGCGGGCACCUCCAGCAGGGGUUUCUACGGCGACGUCGUCCAAGACUACAAGCUCAUUGCGCGCGACGUCGAGGCCGAGCUCGCGGCGUCCGAGGCGCAGGCUUCGGCCAUGAACAUCGUCGCCCUGAUCAAGAAGGAGAAGGAGAGGGAGGCCCACAAGCCCAAGGUGGAGGCCACCAAGGAAGAAAGGGUGUACGAGGGACCAGACCUAGUACCGCCCCAGGAGGAACUCUGGGGAUGAUGGUGACCAUGUGCCAACAUCACCACCUCCACCUUCAGCAUCAUUUGUUCUACCCUUUUGAACGCGGAACAGUAUCCAGAAGACAUCCCAGAAACCAAAUCAAUCAAUCAAAGAGACCGUCGACAGUCGACCGUCGACUCCCAGAGCGCCUUGCGGGCUACACUCACUCAACACACAUCAAGCUACGAGGCCAGGAGACGCGUCCUAUCCAAAGCAAAAAAACUGGAACUUGCCCCGUGCAAGAACAUCCCACCAACACCAACACAAAACCACCAAUCCAUCAGAACAAACACCGAGAAUGACCACCCACGCACCGACACACCACACCACACCUACACCUUCAAGGCCAGGAUCCACCACGUCGACACUCUUUGCAAGAAGCUCAGGUUGCUCUCCCAUCUGUCUACCUAACCACCAGUCUGCCUAGCCGCUGACCCUCCCUCCCUCCCUCCCUCCCUCCCUACAGUACCUGCCUACCUACCUACCUACCUACCUGCCUGCCUGCCUGCCUACCUAGUCCCUGCCACAAAGACAUGAAACGACAUGCACGAGUUUUCUUGUAUCUAACUUCCAUAUUCCGCGUCCGUAUCCAGACAGCACGGGCCUUUAUUUUUACUAUCUUCAUUAUGUCAUCUUAGGUAGUGGGUUACAGCAGAUAGUUAGUUAGUGGGAAAGGAAGUCUUCUCUGUGCGGCACGGAGGUUAAGGAUUGGGUGGGAAAUGAAAUACAUUCAUCAAUCCUUCCCUCCACCCAUCCAUAUUUAUUUCCUCUAUAAUUCCAUGAAUCUAUACACUCUAAACG